UUUGCGAUUCAAUAUCACUCUUGUUACUUUCCACCAACUUCUGCACGUGUGGUGAUGAAAAUUUGAAUCGAUUCUGUAAAAAAACACUCAGGUUGUUCCUAACGCAGUUUGCAGCAUGAGUGAUCUUGACGAAGCAACCGUUAAAAAGCUAAAAGUUGCAGAGCUUAGAUCAGAACUUCAAGCUCGGGGCUUAGAUUCAAAGGGAAACAAGCCGGUUCUUGUGGAACGAUUGCUCGAAGCGAUUUCCAACGUUGUUCAAAAAAAUGGCAAUUCGUUGGACGAAGAUGGUGCUAGUGCUGUAGAAGAAAGUGCUAUGGAACCACAAGAAGAAGAUGCAGAGGAGAAGGAGGAAACUUCAGCAGAAGAAAAUCAACAAGAAUCUGUCAAAGUCGUGGAAUCGAAAGUUGAAGAACCGUUACCCGUAGCUGAAAAUUCUUCCGCUGAUCAAGCCUCUGAUCUGGAGGCUGUAGCCGCCCCAGUGGAAGAAAAACCUUCUGAGGAAUGUUCCGAAAAGCCUGCAGAAUCUAUGGAAGUGCCUCAGGAAGAGGAGAGUGCAGCAGAAAUUGAAAAAGACGUUACUCAACCCGCAGAACCGAUGGAGACGGGUCAAGAAACUGCUACAACAUCCCAAUCAACAGAAGGGGCAAAGGAAGACUCCUCAAAGGAUGACACAGAGAAGGAUGCUGAUGACGAUGUAGAGAUUUCCACUGAGGCCAGUAGAGUUGAACCUGAGGACGAAGAGAUUCCACUUGACGACUCUUUAGUCGUUUUGGACAAAUACAACAGCGACCUGCAUCUGAAAAUUGCAGCAGAUGGCUUGAGUGGAAAACCACUGGAGGAUGAAGGGUUUUCUUAUCUGCUUUCUGGUGUUAGAGCAACCUGGGGUGUCACCACAGGCAAAGUUUACUUUGAAUGCAAGGUAACAGCGCUUGCAUCUGUAGAACUCCCUGAUGCUGAAGAUCCCAAGAAUGUUGUGAGAAUAGGCUGGUCAACUGAUUCUGCCAACCUUCAGCUGGGAGAGGACAAGCUUUCAUAUGGGUAUGACUCAUCUGGCAAAAAAGUUACAGACUCCGAGUUUGCAGAAUAUGGGCAAACAUUUGGAGCUGAGGAUGUGAUUGGGUGUUAUUUGGACUUGGAGAGUGAACCUAAGACUAUUUCAUUCAGCAAGAAUGGUGAAGACCUUGGAGUGGCCUAUGAACUGACUGAUAGUCUGGAAGAGAAGGCUCUUUAUCCUCAUGUACUGAUCAAAAAUGCUGAGUUUAGUGUCAACUUUGGAUCUCAGGAGGAGCCCUGGUUCCCUGCCAAGGAGGGUUACACCUUCAUGCAGUCAGUUGGCGAGGAGUUCUUGGUCCAUGGCACAAGAGGACCGACAACUAAAAAGGAGUGUGAGGUGAUAAUGAUGGUGGGGUUGCCUGGGUCAGGGAAGACCACAUGGGUGAACAAGCAAGUGGAUGAAAACCCAGACAAGAAAUACAAUGUGCUGGGCACAAACUCCAUCAUGGAGAAAAUGAAGAUCAUGGGUGUGGCCAGAAAAAGAGACGUGGGAGGGUAUAGUAAGUUGAUGGACAAGGCUGCAAAAUGUCUGCACCGUUUAUUUGAGCUAGCGCCAAGUAAGAAGAGGAAUUAUAUUCUGGACCAGACGAAUGUGUACUUGUCAGCCCAAAAGAAGAAGAUGAGACCUUUUGAAGAAUUCAACAGGAAAGCUAUAGUUUGCAUUCCCACUCAGGAAGAUCUUAAGAAGAGGACAGAAGACAGAAAGAAGGAAGGCAUUGAGCUGCCUGAAAAUGCAGUUAGUGACAUGAAAAUGAGUUUCACUCUACCGAAAGUUGGCGAAUUCUUUGAUGACGUCGUCUAUGCCGAUGAGCCCGAAAGCAAGGCGAAAAGCAUCGUUGAUGAAUACAUCAAAGAGGGUCGCUCUUACAGAAGCCGAUCAGGUUCAGGAUCUGAACCUCCAUACAAACGGUCAAGAUUUGAAGACAGACCACGACAUGGUGGAGGAUACAACAGAGACAGGGGCUUCGAUGACCGCGGCAGCUACAGACGUGGAGGUGGAGGCGGAGGCGGAGGUUACAACCAAAGAUUUGGAGGUCGCUCCUAUCACGGAGGGGGUGGUGGCUACCAUCGAGGUGGACGAGGAGGAGGAUACCACGAUAGAAGGGAUCAUCGCGGUGGAGGAAGAGGUGGAGGCUAUGGUGGUGGUUACGGUGGUGGUGGGUUUCGUCAGCAGCAGUCGUCCUACCGUCACCACCAACAGUCAAAUCAACAGCACAGGCCUCGCUACCAGCAGAACUACAACCAACAGAAUUACAACCAGCAGCAACAAGUUUCACAAGCUUCGUAUACACCUCAGCAACAGCAACAGUAGAACACCAACCAGGCCUACAGCCAGUACUACAAUUACAACCAGGGAUACCAAGCUAGCACAGGAUACCAACAGACCGGCUACGCUCAGCAGCAGCCGCAGCAACAGCAACAGCAGCAGCAGCAACAGCAGGCGUACGGUCAGACAGCACAGCAACCGACCUAUCAGAAUUACCAGAACUAUUAUGCUGGAUAUCAACAGCAGCAACAACAACAGCAGUAUGGAAGUUACGGCAGCGGAAGUGGCUACUAGGUGUGUUAUCUGGCGACAGGCGUGUGGUGAAAGAUAACAUGGACAGUGUUUGUAAUCAUGUAUUAGCUGAAUUGUUAGCCAAGUUCGCGUAGAUGCUUUAGUUCAAUCAGCUUUUUUCGUUUAAAAACAUUUUUUAUGGGGUGUUUGACGCGGGGCUUAAAGACUUUUUGUUUCAUAGAAAUUCUCGUAGAUUACUAAAUGUAGUUUAGGAAACACUUUUGUUUCGUUUAUUGCUGUAGUAUAGGUCCGCUUUAAGCCGCAGGUGAUAAGAUCAUUAGACUGCCAGCCUUGACUCAAGUUUACGUGUUGUAGUUUCACGGGACGAUUGUCUCUCAAUAUUAACCUAUCAGCUGUGGUCUGGGCAUUUUAUUUUGUACACGUCGUACGAUUUGUCGCAGUGCGAUAUAUACACAACACGCCUUGGUAAACCUCUCCAAAUAUAAUCCAGUGGCGCGAACGUUUAGUCAUAACUAGCCAGUAUAAACAGGCACUCCACUGAACCAUGUUGGGGUCAUUCUGAUUAGCACAAGCGAGCGAGGAAUCGCGGGCGCACUCUAUGGCGUGGCUGAUCUCUAUAGUGUGUUUUCACGUUCUGAUCUUUUCCGUACAUAAAAAAAGUCCAUUGCCAAUCAAAAUUGUUCGGCUGAGUGGUCGAUUUUUAAACUUAAUAGCAUGUUUCACGAGAAUUAGAGACUAGUUUGUCGUGUCAAUCAGAUGUCACUCAUUUGGUCGAUAAGGCUUUUAGUACCCUGUUGUAUGUGCGUUCAUGACCUUAGUUGGGGGACUUGAGAAAGAGCAUUUGUGCUCGAACACAAAGUCACUUAUCACCCAUUUGUACCUACAUACAUGCCUUUUCAAAUAGCACCAGUGUACUGCAGCACUUGUUGAUUAGUGAGUGUGACACACGAACUUAGUUUUUUUUUUUUAUUUUACCGUAUUAUGUACGUUUGCACGCUCGGGUUUUUCGCUUUGACGUAAAACAACUAAGGAACAUCUUUUUUAUACUUCGAUCCGGUUUUACGACUACAGUUUCUCUGUCCAUACGCUUUUUUGUUUUGUCUUGGUUUUUUUUUUUCUUUUUUUCUCGUUUUAGUCAAGCCGUCUUCUGUUGUUAGUAGAGUUCUGUAAAGCAGAUUUGUGAUCAAAUACCUGUAUGCAUUUCGAGUCUGUAUUGUUUGAUUAAUGCUUGGUAAAUGUCCAUCUUUUUCUCUUUCGCUAACUUGCUCAGAACUAUAAAUCAUUGUAAAUGUGAUUUUUGAUAUUAAAUCCAUGUGUUGUGAGAACUGUUUAUUAAACAAGUUUAAAAGAAAAAGA